AUGCCUGAUCUGAGUUCCUUAAGAGUGUUUGGUUGUUUAAGUUAUGCUUCUACUCUUCCAAAAAACAGACACAAGUUUGAUUUAAGAGCCAUGAAAGUUGUUUUCUUGGGUUACAAGGCAGGUAUGAAAGGUUUCAUACUCUUAGAUACAGUUACUCAUGAUAUUCAUAUAUCUAGAAAUGUUAAAAAAAUUUACAUGACAUUUCCCUUUCUCGAUCACUCUGAAACAUACAUACCUACAAAUAUAUACCUUGAUCAUCAACCUUUCACACUCACUGAGUCAAUUCGUACACCCUUGCCUAAUCCCAACACUGAUAUCUCACCUGAAUCAAAUGUUGACUCUAAAUUAGCUGAUGUUCCAUCAGAAGUAGAAGUCUCACCUGUUGUUGUGUCAAAACCUACUAAUGAUGAUGUUUCCACAUCAAACACCCCUGAUAAUGAUCAACACAUUGAUAUACCUAGUAUUAAACUUGAAUCAACUAGGAAAUUCACACAUAUUACACAAGCACCUACUCAUUUAAAAGACUACAUUUGUAAUUCUAAUACCUCAUCUUCCUGUCAAUAUCCAACUGAAAAAUGUAUGUCUUUUUCCAAAUUAUCACCUAACCAUCAAGCUUACAUCCUUUCUCUUUCUUAUGAAAUUGAACCAACCAAUUACUCAGCUGCUUCCUGUUAG